AUGACGACGACCAGCCGUUGUUUGUUGUUGUCAUCUUAUUAUGUUUCAUCUCCUCAUCAUUAUCCAUCAACAACUAUGUGUCGUACCAAGGCAGCAGCCAAAGGUGGUGCUGGUGCAGCGGGCAAUAGUGGUGGUAGUAGUAAAAAAACAUCAUCGCUACGUACUGUUUUUGAGCCAUUUGAGCAAGUAAGAAACAAGUUCGAUGAUCUUGUCCCUUGUCUCCCUCAACAAUCUGUAGCUCGACAAUUUUUCUCUCAUGAUUCUGAAGCUUCCAUUAAUCAACACAUCAAUGUUGAGUACAAUGUUUCCUACGUAUAUCAUGCUAUGUAUGCCUAUUUUGAUAGGGACAAUGUUGGUCUUAAGGGCUUAGCCAAGUUUUUUAAGGAGUCUAGUGAUGAGAAAAGGGAGCAUGCCGAGAAGUUCAUGGAAUACCAGAAUAAACGAGGUGGAAAAGUGAAGUUGCAUUCCAUUUUGAUGUCAUUGUCUGAGUUUGAUCAUCCAGAAAAAGGAGAUGUCUUGCAUUCCAUGGAGCUUGCAUUAGCAUUGGAAAAGUUGACAAAUGAAAAACUUUUACAAGUCUAUGAGGUCGCCACUAGGAAUAAUGAUGUGCAUUUGGCUCAUUUUGUUAAAGACGAGUUUUUGGGCGAACAGGUUGAAUCCAUAAAGAAGAUAUCCGAGUACGUGGCUCAGCUAAGAAGAAUCGGGACAGGGCAUGGUGUGUGGCAUUUUGAUCAGAUGCUCCUCGAGGAAGGUUGUAUUGCCUGUACAGAAACGGUUAUGUAUGUUGAGGUCUUUUAGAUGUAGAGUUCUAAGGAUAUAAUUUACGGGUGACGUUCCUUGUCAAAUGUCCUAGGAUAUAUGGUUACAUAUGUGUCCUUUCUCUUCUAUGUAUCAUGUUGUUCUAUGUUGGUGCUCAUAAUUAACUCAACCAUUAACAAAUUAACAAAUAGACU